UCAUGAUGACGUCAGCACACCACUAUCUUCACUUUUUCCCUUCUCCCUCUCACCCGUGCAGCAUUUCUUUUUCUUUUUUUUUUCUUUUUCCCCUCUUCCUCUCAUUUGUGGCCAGCUAGCAUCAUCUCUCUCUUCCUCCCUUGAAAGCCACCGAAACACCACACACAUAUUUAUCAAUUAUCUCAUUUUCCUCUCUUCUCGAACAACCAUAUCCUUCAUUCUUCCUCUUCUCAGAGCCGCACCACCAGACCCAAAAUUUCCAAUUCAUUUCUCUUCCUCUACACACACAACCGAAACCACCACACUAUAAACCCCAUCUUUCUCCAUUUUUUUUCUUCUACUCACCAAAAUCCAACCUACCUCACCAAGAUUUCUUCUCCUCACCAAAAUCCACACUUCCUCACUAAGACCCACUUCACCAAAAUUCCAUCUUCUCAUCAAUUUCACAAGAUUCAAAGGGGAAGCACUUCAAGCAUAAAACAAUCACCACUUGGGUAAAAAGGGAGAAAUUAUAAUUCCAAGGCUUAUUAUGUUUGCUUUUUAGCAUUUGUAAUUUGUCUUGGUUGUUCUCCCUCUUCUAUACCUUUCCCUCUUUUAUUUGUAUGAAAUUGAUGGAAUUGAUGAUGUAUAUAUUUAUGGGUAGUGAGUAGAAAUUUUGUUGGGGGUUAGGGUUGUGUGCCCUAGCCCAAAUUUUAUGUAAAGGAUGCCUAUUUUAAUGUCAUGAUGCAAUUUAAUUUGAUGGAUGCUUAUAUCAAUUUUUGUUGGGUUGAAAUGCAUGUCUAGGAGCCUAGUCAACUCUAGGGUAUGUGUUUUGAGCAUGUCUAGGAUGGAGUUAGAGGCUUGACCCCCUCUAAUUCCUAAGCUAGAACCCUCAAUUUGGUAUUGUAGGGGUUAUAAGCAUGGUGAUUUACACCCGCCGCGUGAUUGCGAGGGUGAAUCGCUUAGUGGUCUAAUUCUUGAGUAUUAUGCCAAUUAGAGCGACUUAGAGACCCUUGAACCGGCUCUAGCUCUCUCUAAUUGAGUUUGUGUGACCCUUGAAACGGCACAUUAAUACCGUAAUUGAGAAUAUAUGGUCCUUGAGCCUUGAACCGCCUUGGAUACGACUACCGCCUAAUCAAGAAUUUUGCAUCUACAUUAGAUAGCUUCCGGCACAUAGGAUUUGGGUGAAGGAACCUCCCUAGCACCCAACACUCUCUUGUCUUGAAUUUUUCGCAAAUUACUUUAGCAUUGCAUUUUUAUUUUUAGCAAUUUUCUAUUUUCGGUUCUUAAAUUUAGUUUAAGUCUUCACAAUUAAAAAUCACAAUUUCGGAUACUUGUUGCUAGGAUAAUUUGUAUUUGUGCUUAGUUGUCCGUAACUAAGUGGGGGGUUCCCUAUUCCCUUGGGUACGAUACUUGGAGCUUAAUUUAUUUGCCCUAAACUUGAUGACCGUGUUGUAUUACGCGUGAGGCGCUAGUAUAGGCACCGAAUCAAUGGCGCCGUUGCCGGGGAUUAGGGUGUAAAAACCUUAUUCCCUUGGUGUUCGGAUUCUUAGGCACUUUGCAUAUUUUUCUAGCUUUUUCUUUAUUUUGAUUUGUGUGUGUUAAAUAUUGAAAAUAUAUUUUGGUAAUUUUUAUUGCCAUAAAAAAAAUUCCAGAUUUUUAUUUUUGUGUUAUAUGUUACUUGUUGAGUUUUUAUUAUUGUAGUAGAAAAGAAGAAAAAGAAAAAAAAAGGUUUAAUUAUUUGUUUGAAUUACUUGUGUUUUUCUUGAAUUCUAGUUUCUAAUCAUUUUCAUAGUUUUCUUUUGAAGGUGCAUGAGUGAACUUCCUAAUAAGAGAGGAAGAGGUAGACCAAGAAAAAGGGUGAGAAAUCCGAGGACUAAAUCUUUUGCACCAUCGAGGACUACUUCACCUAUUUUAGAAGAGAGAUCACUAAGUCCAAGAUUUGAAGAGGUAGAAAUGGGUGAUGUGGAGAAUAAUGAGAGACCAAUUAGAGCCUAUAGUUGUCCUACCGUUGUCAACCAACCUUCUUGUAUUGUCUUGCCACCUUGUGGAGUCAAUUUUGAGAUCAAGUCUUCUACUCUUCAAAUUUUGCCAAAGUUCAAUGGCUUUAGUCAAGAGAGGCCUUACACUCAUGUGAAGAUGUUUGAAGAAGUAUGUGGUACACUACAAUUGGGAGGGCUUACACCGGAUAGCUUGAAGAUGCGUCUUUUUCCCUUUUCACUUCAAGACCGGGCAAGAGAAUGGUUACAUAGACUACCUCCCGCGAGUAUACGAUCAUGGCGUCAACUUCAAGAAGAGUUUUUGAAUGCAUUUUUUCCUCCCCACCGGACUACAAGUAUGAGAGAUGAUAUCUUGAGGUUUAUUCAAUUUGAUGGAGAGACCUUGCAUGAGGCAUGGGAGAGAUUCAAGGACAUUGACCUUGGAUGCCCUCACCAUGGCCUAGAUAAGUGGUUACUUAUUGAUUCAUUCCAUAGAGGCUUGCUACCGGAAUCUAGAAGACGUGUGGAUAAUGCCGCACUUGGAAGCAUUGAAAAUAAGCAUGCUACGGAAGCUUGGGGUAUCAUUGAGGACUUAUCUAAGCAAAGUGCAAGGUGGGACUCUCAUGACCGAAGAAGAAGACCAAGAGAUGAGUUUGAGAAACCAAGGAGUCGUGAAUUGUAUGAUGAGCAUAAGAGUCGAGAUUCCUAUGAUGAGCCUAGGAGAGGCCGUGACACCCUUGAUGAUUCAAGGAGGAGCCGUGAGUUGUAUGAUGAGCCACGGACUCGUGAGCAUGGUAUUGAUGUGAGAGGCCGAGAGCCUUUACCUAGAGGCCGUGGGAUUUAUGAGGUGUCUAUGCCAAGUGAUGGAAUGAUGAGUUCAAAGUUAGAUAGACUUGAGAAAAAGAUGGAGCAAUUACUUGAAAAGCAAGAUCGUGAGCCACACAUUUCACAAGUCAAGGCCAUGCAUUCUACUCUUUCUACUUGUCUUUUAUGUGAGUCUCCUAGCCAUGUUACUCAAGAAUGCCAUUUAGCACAUCAAUAUCCCGAUUUUGUGGAGGAGCAAGUAAGGGUAAUAAAUAAUUUUCAAGGAAGACAACAAAAGAAUGACCCUUACUCUCCAACAUAUAAUCCGGGGUGGAGGAAUCACCCCAAUUUUUCAUGGGGAGGCAACCAAGGUGGAUCAAGUUCACAUGGUGGUGGUUCUUUUAGUCAUCAAGGGCAAGGAGGUUCUAGCUUUGUUCAAAGAGGCUCUAGUGGCUCAAGUUUUAUACCCCAAGGUCAAGGAGGUUACUAUGGUGCAUCGCAUAGCCAAAAUGGCUCAAGUUUUUCAUCUUUUGGCCCUCACAACAAUCAAGGGCAGAUUUCACCUAUGCAUGGCACACAUGGGAAUGUCACUUAUCCUUAUGGUUCGAAUGUUCAAAAUGGUCCUCCCGGAUUUGUGCAAGGUAGUGGCUAUGGAAACACCAAGUUUCAAGGUGGUUCUAGUGCUUUUCAUGGAGGCAACCAAGGCGGGAAUUACAAUCAUACAUCUAUGUCACAUGCUCCUUUGCAUUCUAGUGAGCCUAGCAAACCCGGUUUUGAAGAGUUGAUGAGUAAACUCAUAGAAGCUCAAAAUUCUACAAAUGCGAUCAACAAGCAAACUAUUGAUUCUCUUCAAGCGGGCUUGCACAAAUUGGAGACUCAAGUUGGGCAAAUGGCCUCUUCUAUGCACUCAAGACCGCAAGGGUCUCUUCCUAGCAAUACGGUGCCUAAUCCUCGCAACAAUGAGCAAGCAAAUGCUAUAUCUAUUCUUAGAAGUGGAAAGGUCUACGACAAUAAGAAAAUAAGCAGAGUUGCGGAAACGAGAGAAAAUUGUGUGAAAUUGGAGCAAAUUGGAGUUUCCGAGAAAAGGACAAAAUUGUCAAUGCGGGUCAACCGUGGUCAACGCCAUCAAGGGAGCGGAAUUCAAUUACCUCCAGUAGUAUUUGCGGAAGUGCAUUGAGAAGAGAGAAGAAGAAAAAAAAAAAGGGAGAGAAAGCAAAACAAAAUAAAAGAGAAAAGAAAAAAAAAAAAAUCUGCACCAUGCUGACGUCAUGAUGACGUCAGCACACCACUAUCUUCACUUUUUCCCUUCUCCCUCUCACCCGUGCAGCAUUUCUUUUUCUUGUUUUUUUUCUUUUUCCCCUCUUCCUCUCAUUUGUGGCCAGCUAGCAUCAUCUCUCUCUUCCUCCCUUGAAAGCCACCGAAACACCACACACAUAUUUAUCAAUUAUCUCAUUUUCCUCUCUUCUCGAACAACCAUAUCCUUCAUUCUUCCUCUUCUCAGAGCCGCACCACCAGACCCAAAAUUUCCAAUUCAUUUCUCUUCCUCUACACACACAACCGAAACCACCACACUAUAAACCCCAUCUUUCUCCAUUUUUUUUUCUUCUACUCACCAAAAUCCAACCUACCUCACCAAGAUUUCUUCUCCUCACCAAAAUCCACACUUCCUCACUAAGACCCACUUCACCAAAAUUCCAUCUUCUCAUCAAUUUCACAAGAUUCAAAGGGGAAGCACUUCAAGCAUAAAACAAUCACCACUUGGGUAAAAAGGGAGAAAUUAUAAUUCCAAGGCUUAUUAUGUUUGCUUUUUAGCAUUUGUAAUUUGUCUUGGUUGUUCUCCCUCUUCUAUACCUUUCCCUCUUUUAUUUGUAUGAAAUUGAUGGAAUUGAUGAUGUAUAUAUUUAUGGGUAGUGAGUAGAAAUUUUGUUGGGGGUUAGGGUUGUGUGCCCUAGCCCAAAUUUUAUGUAAAGGAUGCCUAUUUUAAUGUCAUGAUGCAAUUUAAUUUGAUGGAUGCUUA